AAGUUGCUUAUUUUAGAGGUUUGUGAGGCGAAUCUUUAGCCAACAUGCGAUCUUUCACGUUAAUGCUGGGAUUGAAGACGCUGUGGGUUUUGGUGUUUUCCUCUCUUUCCAAUACUUUGGCAGUCAACAACAGCGGACGAUGGUGGGGGAUCGUGAACGUGGCCUCCUCUAACCUGCUCACAGACUCCAAGAACGUGCAGCUGGUCCUGGACCCGAGCCUGCAGCUGCUGAGCCGGAAGCAGAGGAAGCUGAUCCGGCAGAACCCGGGCAUCCUGCACUCCAUCAGCAGCGGCCUGCAGAGCGCCAUCAAGGAGUGCAAAUGGCAGUUCCGUAAGCGGCGCUGGAACUGCCCAACCGCGCAGAGCCCCAACGUCUUCGGGAAGAUCGUCAACAGAGGCUGCAGGGAAACAGCGUUCAUCUUUGCCAUGACCAGCGCCGGUGUGACGCACUCCGUGGCCCGCUCGUGUUCCGAAGGCUCCAUCGAUUCUUGCACCUGUGAUUACCGGCGGCGCGGGCCCGGUGGGGCGGAUUGGCACUGGGGCGGCUGCAGCGACAACAUCGACUUUGGGAGAGUGUUCGGAAGGGAGUUUGUGGAUUCCAGCGAGAGAGGGAGGGACCUGCGCUACCUCACCAACCUGCACAACAACGAGGCCGGGAGAAUGACGGUGUUUUCGGAGAUGCGGCAGGAGUGCAAGUGUCACGGGAUGUCCGGCUCGUGCACGGUCAAGACCUGCUGGAUGCGGCUGCCCACCUUCCGCACCGUGGGGGACUUCCUGAAGGACCGCUUCGACGGGGCGUCCCGGGUCAUCUACGGCAACAAGGGGAGCAACCGGGCCUCCAGGGCAGACAUGAGGCACCUGGAACCUGAAAACCCAGCCCACAAACCCCCCUCCCCAAGGGACCUGGUCUACUUUGAGAAGUCACCCAACUUCUGCACCUACAGCGGGAAAACAGGCACCAUCGGGACGUCAGGGCGCUUCUGCAACAGCUCCUCGCCAGCUCUGGAUGGGUGUGAGCUGCUGUGCUGUGGCCGUGGCUACAGGACCAGGACUGAGAGAGUCACUGAGAGAUGUAACUGCACUUUCCACUGGUGCUGUCACGUCAGUUGCUUGAACUGCACCAACACGCAGGUCCUGCACGAAUGUCUAUAGAAACCAAACAAGCCAAAUAUCCAAAGCUUUAAAAAAAAACCACCGAACGGUAGCAGCAGUCAUGGUUUCGCUGUUACUUAUUUUGAAGCUCGCUACCUUCCUUCUUGUGUUGUAGGUAAUAGGACACCGCCUAUAUUCUGAAACAAACUAGCUGGGGUGAGAUGGGUUAACACAGGAAGGGAAAUUAUAGUGUUGUGCAAAAUGGGUUUCUGAAACAGAAAGAUGUCUAUGCUGAUAAAUGUGUUUUUAUUACUGAAUCUUACAUAGAAAUGAGUGCAGAUAAAACCAAAAAUUAUACUGGUGCAAACGCAUACACACAUAUCCACACACACUCAGAGGGUCAGAUUUACAGAGCUUUUGCUCCUGUGUAGAAUUUAGCUUCAAGGAGUGCAAAGGUUUUAAGAAGCAUGUCUUACCUCUUGUUAGCACUAGUAAUAUUUGAUUGCUCCCUUAUUUUGGUUUUAUUGCUUGUAUUUGAUACUUCAGUUUGGAAGAGGCAGAUAUUGAAAAGUUAGAGCUGCUUCCAGCUACAUAAUCAAAGUCACUCCAAUGGUGUAGCGGCCGUCAUGUGAGCUACAGCAAAGGUACCCGGAUGCACCUUGGAUUUGAUAUAUUUGUAUAUUGCAACGUAAAGUGAAUGACCAAAAGAUUCUCAGCACAAUAAAAAGGGAUGCGGUAAUAAUGUUACUAAGUCAUCAUUUACCAUCAUGAUUGAUGUGAACUUUUUGAUGAUACAAAAUGAUACAAAAACUUUACCUUUGAUUUCUGUUUUAAAACAAAAAAUAUAGUAGCUAAUCAGAGAAGUAACGCUUUUGAAAAUCUACCCCUCAACAGACAAACAUUUUGGUCGGUGCCUUCGGCAACUUGGUCUCUUAUAUUUCUACCUCAGAAUUCAUGAUUUUUAUUGGCUCACUGUCAUGACUGGAGGUUUUUUUUAUAAUUAUAACAACUCUUUCAGACUCGAAUCUCCUGGAUCUACAUGGGAAUACUUCAGUGAAUAGAUUUGUAAUAUGAUUUGUUACGACCAUUCUCUCUCUCUCUCUCUCUCUCUCUCUCUCUCUCGUCUGUAAAUAAUGUGCACUGAAAUAUUAAUGGGAAUUUCAUUUCUGUAAAUACAAAUAUUUAUUAUGAAUUUUUAUACUCAAAUAGAGUGGACCAGGGGUAUUAAAAUUAGUUUGUUUAAGACUGUUGUCUUGUUAUGGUGUCCUUUUAUAGUGUUAUAGAACAAUAAAAUCUAUAUUUUC